AAGAAUAUGUAAGCAGCUUGGCCAAGAACUAUUCUACUAAGCUUCUACAUUGGAUUAAUAUAAAAACAAACCCCAACAUUGAACUAUAUUUAAUGACAUAAAGAGACUAUUUUAUAUUUACUAUUCUUCCUAUGGAUUAGUAACAUAUGGGAACACCUUUUGAUUUUCGCCACCUGAUAGAGUGAAACCUAUAACCAACGGAUUUAUAUGUUUAGCUGAAAACUUCAAAUACAUAAUAAAAUUUGACAUUAACUUUUUAAAGGAAAUAGUUUAAAUUAUAUCCAGUGUGUAAGCAAUGCUUUUAAAGUAUUUGAAAUUUCACAUUAUAUUUAAACACAGUGUAGUUAAAAACAUUUCUUGAAUUUUUGUUGAUACAAAAAUGUUCCGUUUACUUGAGUGGAUUUUAUUUGUUGUUAUUCUAUUGUGAGAAGACAAGACCUUCUACAUGGACGUGUCCGUGGUGUAAAAAAAACAACUGGUACUCAUGGAGGUAAUGCUAGCGGCUGGUAGAGGAGAGAGAAUAACUGUUGAAGAUUUACUAGAUAAGGGGAGUGAUAUUAAUACUGUUGACAGUGAAGGAUGCAAUGCAUUGAUGUUAGCCUCAGAAAACGGACAUGAAGACAUUGUAGAACUUUUAAUUAAUAAAGGGUGUGUUGUAAAUGCUGUGGAUAAUGAUAAUUGUAGUGCUUUAAUGUUAGCCGCUGAAAACGGAUAUGAAAAAAUUGUAGAAACUUUGAUGAAUGGUGGCAGUGAUGUUAAGAUUAGGAAUACAAGAGGGUGGGAUGCACUAAUGCUGGCAUCAAGAAACGGACACAAAAAGACAGUAGAGCGUUUAGUCACAUGUGGUAGGGAUGCAAAUGUUGUUACAAAAAAUGGAUGGAGUGCGCUGAUGCUGGCCUCUAGAGAUGGACAUGAAGAAAUUGUUAAGCUCUUAAUUCAAUAUGGGAGCGGUGUCAACUUAAAAAAUAAAAAUGGAUGGGAUUCGUUGAUGCUGGCUGCUAGAAAUGGACACGAAAAAACGGUGAAGCUACUUAUUGAACACGGAAGUAAUGUUACUACUGUAAAUAAAAGUGGAUACAAUGCAUUGAUUCUAGCCUCAAGAAAUGGGCAUGAAAAUACCGUUAAACAGCUAAUAGAAAGCGGGAGUGUUGUUAAUUCUGUCGACAAAAGUGGAUGGAAUGCAUUAAUGUAUGCAUCUAUUAAUGGGCAUGAAAACAUUGUAAAAAUAUUAAUUAAAAGCGGCAGUGAAGUUAGUGCUGUUGAAAGUAGUGGAUGCACAGCAUUAAUGUUAGCGUCUCAAUAUGGACAUGAGAAUGUAGUUAAACUUUUAAUUGAAAGUGGGGCCGAUGUAACAGCUGUUGAAAAUAGUGGAUGUGAUGCUUUAAUGUUAGCUUCUGCCGCGGGAUAUGAGACAAUCGUAGAACAUCUAAUUAACAGUGGAUGUGAUGUCAACGCAGUCGAUAACAGCAAAUCGAGUGCUUUAAUCUAUGCAUGCAUGUGUGGACAGGUGAAACCUGUCGAACUUUUAGUUAAAAAUGGAAGCUGUGUAAACGCAAGCUAUCAUGAUGGGUGGACCGCAUUAAUGACGGCAGCUUCAAUGGGGAAUAAUCAAAUUGUAAGAAUUCUCUUAAAGCACGGAGCAGAUGUCAAAGCUGUUAAUAAAUUUAACAAGAAUGCUUUCACGUACGCUUGUGAAGGCUCACAACUAGAUACCGCUGAGUUAUUACUGGAUACAGGUAUAGAUGUUAAUGAUUUUGAAACGGGCGGUUUAAAUCAGUCAAUGAUAGCCUCAAUAAAAGAGCAAGAUAAAACAGUCAACGAUGAAGUGUAUGUAAAUACAAAAUCAGCUCGUCUAAAAUUCUUCCUAAAUUCUAAAGGAGUCCGCAGUCUCUUUGAUGAACAGCAUAUAGAGGAAACAAUACAUUUUGUUAUUGGACACAACAAGAAGUUUAUACCGUAUGGAGCAAGUGCUACAUCAAACAUAAAGCAAGCAGAUGGCACCAAAACUGAUACAGAUGUAAAGCUUCCAUGUGGUACAAAUGAUAAUGUGAGACGCCGUUUAAAAAAACCGAAAGAGCUGCCCCCGCCGCCUCUGCCUAAAAGAAGCGUUGGCGUGUACAGCAACAAAGAUUCCAUGAGUCCAAAAAGAUGUCCGGCAAGAGCACUACCUCCUCUGCCGGAAGAAACACCCCCACCACCCAUACCACAGAGGAAAUGUCAUAAAGACCUCUAUUACAACAGAGCUAUUCCAUGUCCAAGCAGCAAUGGGGAAAGACUAGCAUCACAUCCCCUUGGCGAAAGGCCAUCACCAAUUCCACGAAAGAGUAAAUGUCAUAUGGGUGUAUAUUCUCACGGAACAUCCAGAGACCAAUCAAAGGUUAUUCGAGGCUCACUUCAAGAGGAACAUUCUGACUUACUACGAAGCGAGCGAAUGUAUUUACUUAAUGAGAUAGACGCAAUAUUUCUAAUUGAUCAUCUUCUUUCAAAACGUGUGAUUGAUGCAGAUGCUUAUGAAAGUGUUAGGUCUGAGAAAACCUCUAGAGAGAGAACGCGUACAUUUCUAGACAUUCUUUCUCAUUCCGGUCCUAAAAGAGCCUUUCCAGAGUUUUUAAACAUUUUAGAUGCAGAAUAUCCACAUGUAGCGGAGAGGUUGAAAGGAAAGUUGUAACAAACAGAAUAUCCACAUGUAGCGGAGAGGUUGAAAGGGCAAAAGUUUCAACAAGAACAAGUUUUAAAAGUUGGCGGUUUUCAAUUUUUUUUCUAAUAUUCUCUGAUGCUAUGUGAAUAAAAUUCAAA